AUGGUUCGGAUCGCGCUUGUGUAUUUUGUUUUAAUAUGCAUUCCCAUAAUAGCAACUAAUAGGAAUAAACCAACGAGAAAUGUGGUUGUAACGGCGGAAGAAGAGAAGGUACGAGAUUCUGCUGGAUAUCAUGCUAUCGCUGAAAUUCAUCGGGAAAUGGAUGACGAUCAUUCAGGAUCAAUAGAUCGUAAAGAAACUAGUGGAUUUAUGACUGAAGAUAUGCACAUGCGUAGUUCGGAUCGUGCGCGACGGGAAAACACUUUUCACGGGGAUGAUGAUGCCAUAACUGUUGAUGAUCUUUGGGAGGCCUGGUUUGAGAGUGAUGAGCGCAAUUGGACAACUGACCAACUAGUUCAUUGGAUAGUUGAUGUUGUCAAUUUGCCCAUGUAUGCCGAAGCCAUAGUGAAACAGAAACUAGAUGGUUCAAUACUGCCGAGGCUCGCCGUUCAAAACACAACUUUCAUGACCCAGAAAUUAGGGAUCAAAUCUUCUGUACAUAAGCAAAAACUGAGACUUAAUUCCUUGGAUGUAGUUUUGUUCGGAUUCCGAGACUCUUCCUCCAAGACCAAAGAUAUUGCACUUGGUUUACUACUUUUAACUUUGACAUCAGUUCUCAUCUUGUACGCACGCCAGCGGAAGCGAGCCGAAGAAGAGUCUUCUGCACUCUCCACCAAAAUGGAUCAGUUGAAGAACAUGGAAACUGAUUUCGAAAACAUCCAAAAGACAUUGGCCGAAGAGAGAAGCAAAAGAUCAACUGCUGAUGGAGGCGUUAGUUCUUCAGAAGUUGAAAAUCUUCGAGUUAAAUUACUGGCUGCCGAACGCAGAUUGGAGGAAGGUAACACUGGGGAGGCUCCUCGAGCUCUACAACCUCUGCUUCGCAAAACGUGCGAGAAUGAGAUGGCAUUCUUGGAAAAACAGCGACAAGAAUGCGUUAAAGAAAUGAAAGAUGCUAUAGAAAUGGUUGAUCGUCUUCAGAAGAAACAAAGUAGUGUUCUUUCUUCGCUCAAAUUGGCGACAGGAGCUUCUACGGCCAGUGACCAAGUCGACAGCAAAAUUUUUGCGCUCAAAUCACGCAUGGAGAAGAUUCAGGGUUUAACAAGGGAUACACAAGACCGUUGGCUUCAAAUUGAAACUCUUUGUGAAUUCCCUAUUCUGUUUAUGAAUGAUACCGUGUCGUCUAAGAACGGAAGCUCAAACCAUCAAUUCUACAGAAGUAAUUCAGGAAGUUCGUCAGAGUCUUCGAAGUCCAUGGGAAGUGAAAUAACAUCUUUAUCUAAUGGUGUUUCGCGACCUCCCCUCAUAGCACAACAGAAUGUACCAGCAUUCCUAGCUGCUGGAAACACUGAAAACCUUUUUAUCAAAAACGCUGCUAAUGAUGCUUCACAUUUCCUCUCUGCUCGCAUGGUGCAUGCCGAUUCACAAUUGCUCAAGGACGAAAUUCAACCAGUAAUAGUGGAACGAAAGAAGCGCAACAUCUUUUCAAAGUUGUUGAAGAAGUCGUCUUCCAAAGGAAGCAUCUCAUCCAAAUGA